CUCACUCGUGACUCUUCGAUGGUUGCCACGUCCUCCGUUGGAUCCCAUCCGACGGUUCCCGUGAAUACCAACCCGAUUCCUCGAGACGGAAGCAGAGCCGGAACCCUACUUGGUACGUUUAUAAAGUUUCCAUCUUGGACGCCGAAACCGUCCCUCGCUGUCCGAACUCUCAACACCAUGGCCGUGGCCGCCGCCGCCGAUGUCCGAGAAGCUGCGACUGAUUUCCCAGUUGCGCAAACACCAAAUGCCCCUCCGAGUUCAGUUCGCCAUGGGAACCCACGCUAUGACUGCGGAAAGCCCUAAAGCUUGAAUCUUUAUGCUUGCUUACCGCUCGACGCAGCUGAACCAUAAGCUCCACAAGCGGGAGCUCCUCUUCCUCUUCUCCUCCUGAAAGCCAUACCAGGCUACUCCACAUAGCCAUGGCGAGCACCCACGCUGUCUGCUCCAUGUGCGGCGACAUCGGCUUCCCCGACAAACUCUUCCGAUGCUCCCGAUGCCGCUCUCGCUUCCAGCACUCCUACUGCACCAACUUCUAUCAUGAACUGCCGGCGGGGUCUGCAGGGGUAUGCGAUUGGUGCCUGAGUGAAGGCAGGAUCGGGGACAAGUAUGAAUUGCCUUGGAAGAAGUCGGAAGGGAGAGACAGUGCCGAAGCAGCUGGUAGACGUACUGCGUACGCCAAGGGCGACAAGGUUAAGCAAAGCGGCAGAGUCGACGACAGCGACAGCCGGGGCUCCAGUGGCAGCAGUACGUCUUCUUCAAAGCCGGCCGGCCGCAGGUACAAGCUACUCAAGGAUGUCCUGUGCUGAGCACUACCCCAGUGUCUGUGUGUGUGUUCAUUAGUAGAUUAGCUGUAUGAUCCACUUGCAUAGAGUGAGAGCUGUGAUGCUUUUUGUAUAUUACUCCUGUGUUACCAUGAUGUAAUUAAUGUCGAUCAUAAAAGGUUUGUGGUUCGUGUCUUGGUCA